CAAAAACAUGUCUGCCCUUCAAGCUUCAACCUUAUGGACUUCAUCAUCAGCAACGGCGGCGCCGGCGGCCUCGACUUCCCGGAGAAUGACAAUAAACGCCGCCUUGAAUUUCCCGAAAAUCCAUAAAACCAAUCUCUCCCUCUCCCUUCCCAUCCUCCAAACAAGAAGAUUCAUAGAGGAAAUCCAGUUCAAAACCUCGGACCCGGCCGAGAAGAAUCCAGAAGAUCCAUUGGUCGUCGCUAAGCUUCACGCGCUCAUGGAGGCGGUGGCGGAUAGGGCGGAGAUGCACAGCAACGUUUGCGAGCAGAGAAAUAACUGGAACAGCCUCCUAUUAACCUCCGUCAACGGCCUCAUUCUCGCCGCCGCUACUAUGGCCGGAAUCGCAGCCGUCGGCGGCGGCGCGUCGUUACACGCUCUUAAACUGUCGUCCACUUUGCUUUACGUAUCCGCGACGGGGAUUUUGGCGGUUAUGAACAAAAUUCAGCCGUCACAGCUCGCCGAGGAGCAGCGGAACGCGGCGAGGCUGUUCAGGAAUCUCCAUAGCCAAAUCCGAACAACCUUAUCCACCGGCAACGCCCAAAACGACGACGUUUCGGAAGCCAUGCAGAGAGUUUUAGCGCUUGAUAAAGCCUACCCUCUACCCCUCCUCGGCGCCAUGCUCGAGAAGUUCCCAGCCGCCGUUGAGCCAGCCGUGUGGUGGCCAAAACAGCCGCGCCGACAGCGAACCGAAAUUGGCGGGAAUAAUAACGAUUGGAAUCGGGAAUUAGAGGAAGACAUGAGAGAAGUAAUGAAAGUGAUGAAGAAAAAAGACAGAGAAGACUAUUUACGGCUUGGAAACAAAGCUUUAAAACUGAACAAAAUUCUCGCGAUCUCAGGCCCGGUACUAACCGGCUUAGCCGCCAUUGGAGCGUUAUUAGCGGGGCCCUCCGCCGCCGUUGUAGGAGUCGGCGCCGGAGCAUUGGCCGCCGUGGUUAACACGUUACAGCACGGCGGACAAGUGGGGAUGGUGUUCGAGAUGUACCGCAGCAAUGCGGGUUUCUUUAAGAUGGUUCAAGACUCCAUUGAUUCGAACCUUGAAGAAGAAGAUUUGCAGAGAAGAGAAAACGGGCAAUUGUUUGAAAUGAAGGUGGCAUUGAAGCUGGGAAGGAGUCUGUCGGAGCUCAAAGAUCUUGCUGCCAAAUCACGAUCGCUGCAGAAUGAAGAGAUUGACGAAUUCGCAAGCAAGCUUUUCUGAGAUAUAUAUAUUAUCACAUUCAAUUCAUUCAUUCAUUCAUUCUUUAAUUUGUACAAAUGAUGGAGAUCAUAACCCUAUUAAUUGUAAAAAUUGAAUUUAUUAUAA